UGUAGCUGAACUACAAACUAACUACAUGUAUUAGUAUUACUGAAAGUCUUGAAGUUGAAGGGAGCUCAGUUUGAGAUCUGCCACAGCCGUUUGGUCUCUAUACGUGCCUAUCACGUUGUGAAGAGUCUUGUAGAUCUUGGAAGUGGGCUGCGAUUUAGCUGGACAGUGUACAAUAAUAAGUUUAGUAGUGACUUCUGUUUAAUACAUGGACUUGCUAACUAGUAGGUGGUACGACUGCCAACAGCAAGGACUAAAGACGUGCUGAGCACAAUGGACGAGGAGGAAAAAGCUUAUGUCUGGGAAGCUGACUAUGAACGUUCCUGGGAGGCAUUGCAUGAAGAUGCCGAGGGUUCGUUGCAAGCAGCUGUUGAUGACAUCGCACUGCGAGCACAACGGCGAAGAGCUGCUGACAGGCCUGCCAAUGUCCGCUUGGGAAUGAUGCGUCACUUGUUCAUCGUCGUUGAUCUGUCCUUGGCCAUGCGAGAGGGUGACAUGUGGCCCACCAGACUGGAUAUUACACAGAAGCUGUUGAAAGACUUCCUAUCGGAGUAUUUCAAUCAGAACCCAAUUUCCCAGGUUGGUGUAAUCAUCACUAAGAAUGGAAGAGCUGAACGAAUCACAACGCUCAGUGGGAAUUCUGCCUUGCAUUUGCAAUCCCUGGAAGGUGCUGCAAACUGUGCGGGUGAGCCAUCACUUCAGAAUGCUUUGGACAUGGCCACUGGCAUAUUGAAGAAUAUGCCUGGCCAUAGCAGUCGUGAAAUACUGGUGAUCCUUGGCAGCUUGACAUCAUGUGAUCCAGGUGAUAUCUUUCAGACCAUUGAGGACAUGAAGACAGCUAAUGUGCAAUGCUCAAUUAUAGGCUUGGCAGCGUCAGUGUUCAUCUGCAAACAAAUCUGUGAGCAAACAAGAGGAACGUACACAGUGGCACUGGAUGAGACUCAUUUCAGAGAUUUACUGUUCAGACAUGUUCCACCGCCGCCAGCAGAGAGUGGAAUGGAGGCGUCGCUGAUUCGCAUGGGUUUCCCACAGCAUCAUGCUGGAUCCAUACCAUCUCUCUGUGCUUGCCAUGUGGAAACACCAAAUCUCACGUAUCAAGGUUACUUCUGUCCACAGUGCAAGACUAAGUACUGUGACCUUCCUGUUGAUUGCAAAGCCUGCCAGCUGACUUUAGUCUCAGCACCACACUUGGCUCGUUCCUAUCAUCAUCUAUUCCCACUGCCGUCCUUCAAGGAACUGCAGGUCAAGGACACACCAGCCGUGGUGUGUUGUGGAUGUCAGCUCCAGCUACAGAACACUCUGGCGUACAUGUGCCCCAACUGUCAGAAUCACCUGUGUAGUGACUGUGAUGUGUACGUGCACGAUUCCCUGCACUCGUGCCCAGGCUGCUGCAGCUCAGCCAUCACCCCCGCCACUGUGGCAGGCAUCGGGUAAGGAGUUCUGCAUCACCGUCAUCACCGACACUGCCACCACCACUGACACACUCACCGUGGUGCAGCUCUGUACAGCUGGCUGUGUGCUGGGUUGCUAGUCAGUCGUGACCUGCCGACUGGCUGUGUGCUGGGUUGCUAGUCAGUCGUGACCAGCCGACGGCACAAACAGGAACACUGACUAGCAACCCAUGAGAUAUGAAAGCUUUGAACUCCAGCUGUGCUACCUGUCAGCUAGCUGAAAUGCCCAGUCCUGGUACAUGAAUCUAGUGGGAGCUGAGCUGAAGGCGGAAGCUAACGGGUAGUGUUUUGACAGAUCCUGCUGGUGUGGUGCCAUUCCCUAUUACCUCAAGUUGCUCAUCCUAGUGUGGAAAUACAAUUACUUUAAAGGGUAACUUUACAUUACUCCAACCUACAAGGUAGGCCCGCGGGAGCAAUACUGUGAGCAGGGAGUUUGAGUGGAAUGUGUCUCCGGCUCAAGUGGCCCCAGAGUUCUGGCCGAAGUGUGCCCUGACUGUCAGUUGCCCACAGUUCAUCAUUAGCUAAUUAAUGUCAGUUAACUGUUUCUUUUGUUCCCAAACUCCACUUGUCAUUGUAAUCGUCUUGCUACUUACCGCCCAGGUGACUUUCCCAGUUCCGUGACAGGUGGUCUAUUGGCUAGUUGCCUUUGAAUUUGCAUUUGCAAUCACCUUGCUACUUAUCCCUCAGGCGACAUUCCCUAGUCCGUUACAGGUGGUCUUUACAGGUGGUCGAUUGUCUAUUUUGCCUGGGCUUUACAGGUAGUCGAUUGGUUAGUUGCCUCGGGGUCUCUACCGUCCCUUGUCUGGCUUAAAAGUUUUCACUGUUGUCCCAGUGGGUUUUAUGCAAAUCAAAGCAUCUAAAAAGAUGUAUUUUUUAUCACAGUAUCCGCUUCUACCUGUUAUUCCCAACGCUUUACGUCUACGUUGCUAUGGUUUUAUCUCAGCUGCACUUCAGUCGUCUCAUUUUUACUGCCAAGAAUUCUUAGUUGUGGGUUGCUUUAGUCGCUGCCUCUCUUUCUUCUUGAAAGCUCCCUGUCUCCAGGCUCUUA